CCCCUGUGGCUGAGCCUGCGGGACAAGAUGGAGUAUUUGCAGGUUUUGAAACGCGGGUUGCAGCAGAUCAGCGGCCACGGUGGCCUCCGCGGCUAUUUACGAGUUUUCUUCAGGACAAAUGAUGUCAGGGUUGGUACAUUAGUGGGGGAAGACAAAUAUGGAAACAAAUACUAUGAAGACAACAAGCAGUUUUUUGGCCGUCACCGAUGGGUUAUAUAUACUACUGAAAUGAAUGGCAAAAACACAUUCUGGGAUGUGGAUGGAAGCAUGGUACCCCCUGAAUGGCAUCGUUGGCUUCAUUGUAUGACUGAUGAUCCUCCAACGACAAAACCACCUGUUGCUCGUAAAUUCAUUUGGACGAACCAUAAAUUCAACAUGAGUGGCACUCCAGGACAAUAUGUACCUUAUUCCACCACUAGAAAGAAGAUUCAGGAGUGGGUCCCACCUUCAACACCUUACAAAUAAAGACAAUGAAAAACAAUUUAAACAUGUGAAAAAUCAGCUUUUCAUUAAUUGCGUUUUGAUUCUUACAAUUACCUUGAUUAAAAUUGUUUGACUAAA